GGUGAUAGUUUUCUCAACUCAUGAUAUUAUUUCUACAAAGAAAAGUAAUGAUGUUACCAAAACAUUCGGAAUCAACUCAUUCAACAACCAUCCACAACUACUACACUUAGCUCACCUGUCACCACUCCUUCUUCUCCAAUCUUUAUAAACUCCAUUUCCCCUGUUGCUAUACCUUUUCAUUAUUGCACUACAACUCACUUUCAACAUCCUAAUUUGAUCUUGUUCUUGUUUGGACUGUAGCUUUUUGAUUAAUCAUGGCUCAAGAAACAGUAAAUCUUGAAGGAGAGGUUGUUGUGGCUGAAGAUGUUGGAAAUGCUAGAGUUGUAACCUUAAAUCGCCCAAAACAGUUGAAUGUUAUUUCAUCGACAGUGGUAAAACUGCUAGCUGCGAAUCUCGAGAAGUGGGAGAAAGAUGAGAAUGCAAAACUUGUUAUCAUCAAGGGAGCUGGCCGGGCAUUUUCUGCUGGCGGGGAUUUGAAAAUGUUCUAUGAUGGCAGAAAUUCAAAGGAUUCCUGCCUCGAAGUUGUUUAUCGAAUGUAUUGGCUUUGCAAUCACAUCCACACAUAUAAAAAAACCACGGUUGCACUUGUUCAUGGAAUCUCAAUGGGUGGAGGUGCAUCCUUAAUGGCUCCAAUGAAGUUCUCUGUUGUGACUGAAAAGACGGUUUUUGCGACACCUGAAGCAAGUAUAGGCUUCCACACGGACUGUGGUUUCUCAUACAUGCUUUCUCGGCUUCCUGGUAGGCUCGGGGAAUACUUGGGUUUAACAGGAGCAAGGCUGAACGGUAAAGAAUUGGUUGCUGCUGGACUUGCAACACAUUUUGUACCUUUGGAGAAACUGCCUGAGCUAGAGAAGCACUUAUUAAGCUUAAAUACUGAUGACGAGGCCGUUGUCAGAUCUGCAAUCAAGGAGUUCUCAACAGAUGUUCAGAUCGAUGAAGAAAGUAUCUUGAAAAAGCAGGAGAUAAUUGAUGAGUGCUUCUCCAAGGAUUCUGUUUCAGAGAUCAUCAGUUCAUUUGAAGCUGAGGCAGGCAAAGAAGGAAAUGGUUGGAUUGUGCCGGUGCUUAAAGGCCUAAAAAGAUCAUCCCCAACAGGUCUAACAGUUACUCUAAGAUCGAUUCAUGAAGGAAGGAAGCAAACAUUGUCUGAAUGUCUGAAGAAAGAAUUCAGAAUUACGAUAAAUACACUAAGAAUGAGAAUAUCUGGUGAUGUGUAUGAGGGUAUCAGGGCUCUUACCAUUGACAAGGACAAUUCUCCAAAAUGGGACCCUCCAACUCUUGAAAAGGUCGAGGAAGAGCAAGUCAACCUCGUAUUUGAGCCAUUUGAAGAAGAUUUGGAGCUAAAGGUUUCAGAAAAUGAACAGUGCAGGUGGGAUGGAAAAUAUGAAGAUUCAGCAUACUGCCAUCAGUGAAAAAUCGGAGUACACAUCAGUAAUCUAUGUUUCUCAGUCUCUUCAAAAAUGUCAUUGGUGCAUGCCAGAUCCUUCAAAGCUAGUGCAUUUUUAGCGGAUCCGAUGCGGGUACUGCAGUGGUUUUGGAGAGUCCGAUUAACAUAGCGUCAGUUUAACAGCUUUCGGCGUUGUUUUGAUAGUCCUUGUUUUUAGCAUACUCUGCAUGCUUCUUCCACCAAAUUGUCUACUAGAUGUUAUAGGUUUAUAGCAAUAAUCAAUAAACUCGAGUCGUGGAUUUGUUCUGUUCUGUCUUGUUUACAUUUUAAUAAUGGUUUAUGGCUUAUUUAUGUUUCUCUUUUCCUUUACACAAGAGAUAGAAGGAUUAUGUGCUCUAUUAUAUUUUCAAAAUAUAAUAAAUUUCUUCAUAUUCAAGUUGCCAGAA